AUGGAUUGAUACGGGCUUAUAUAUGCGUUUUAGCUUUUAAGCCUUUUGUGUGGAUAAAAAGACUAGCCGGCCAGCCCAGUAGAAUUCGACGCAAUGCCGUCAACCCUAUCUCUUCUCUUCCUCCUCCAUGGCUGCUUCAGCUUCAUCCCUCGCUCUCUCCACCUUCUCCAUCUCCAAACCUGCCUCCACUUCCAUCCUACCUCUUCCCUCUCCUUCGAACUCAACUCCCAAUCCAUUUCCCUCUCCAUCUUCGCUUCAUCUGCCGCGUCUCGCUUCGUCCGCAACGUCGCGGUUACAGACGACUUCAACGUAGAAGAAGAAGGGAACAUUUUCUCCGAUGAGGCUCCGCAGCAGGAGCAAUCCUUCUCUGCUGACCUUAAACUCUUCGUCGGUAACCUUCCCUUUAAGUCAAUAGUGCUCAGCUCGCUCAGCUCUUCGAAAGCGCCGGAAACGUUGAGAUGGUUGAGGUGAUCUAUGACAAAGUGACAUGACGAAGCAGGGGUUUCGGGUUCGUGACUAUCUCUUCUGUGUCUGAAGUUAAGGCAGCUGCUCAGCAAUUCAAUGGCUAUACAUCAUAGGGGCUGUACGAGACAUCAACAUUACUUUUAAUGAUCAGACUUGGACAGCUCAACACAUUAUGAUUAACAGUUCUACAACUGUUUCUCUAAGUGUUUUUGAUGCACAAGCGGACCAGCUAAAACAAAAUAUCUUGGCCAUCGGUGUGGCAAAGGUGAUCGUCGCAACCAGCAUUAACCCCAAGUUUGUUGGAGGUAACAUUCGGUGUGGCAAAGGUCGACUAUACCUGGAUGCUACUUCUGGGAUCCAUUUUUACUUUGACCAUGAGGUGGCCGCAAGCCAGAGACUAUUUCAAGAGUUGUAUUCAAAACCCGAGAAGGACACUACCAGUGCGAAGCAGUACCAUGGUGUAAAGAAGCUCGAAAAGGUUUCACUAGGAGAGUUGAACAACUAUGUUCUGGAGUCACCCCCACAAGCCCUUGAGUUUCUAUGCAAAGCCAAGAUCGCAUCACUGGAAACUACAAACGGAUGGUGAUCUCCUGUGCUAAAUGCUCCAAGAAGCUCCAGCGAGGGAACUCUUCAUUCACAUGCCCUACAUGUUUUAAUGCCAGUGUUGUUGGAGUUGUCAGGUUCGGUUCACAUAUCUAUAUUAAACUUGCUCAUUAAAAACAGCCUUUUGUUAUUUGUGCCAACUAUUUGGAAAAAAAAAACACAAUCGCAAGGUAUCGUGUUGAGCUGCUGGUGGAGGCGGGUGAUGAUAAAUCUCUCUUUGUAGCAUUCGACUCAGCUAUGACUAAGCUGACAGGAAUCAGGGCUGCAGAAGUUGUGAUGGAGGUGAUUGAAGCUUCAAGUUAUGUACAAGCUCCAUCAAUUUGACAUAUCUUGAUUAAAACAAAACACAAAAUUGUAGAUUGGAUUAGUGAAAGUUUUAUCUUCACUUACCAUUGUUCCUUAGAUUUCUUAUACUAACUUUUUGUUUUUCAUAUAAAAGAAAGCUGAGAUCUCGCAUUUUAUGAA